GGCAGUGCCCGCACCUGGUCCAAGGUCACCGGACAGCCGAUGGGCACGUAUUGCAUGCCCCGUGCCAGAGGAGCCGCGCUAAAGAUGCGUCUGUCCCCUGGCCUUGGCCGUGUCUCGGGGAAGUGUCUACCCAUCCAUGGUACAGGCUGCCCUCCUCGGCCUGCCCAGCCUCUGACUCACCCGACUAGUGGCCAAAUAGCUGGAAUCCUACACCCCGACUCCAGCUCUUCCCUCCCCCGACGGUCUGGAAGUCCCUCCCUAAGUCGCCUAAGGCUUGCAGAGGGUUGCUAGAGGGGCCCUAGAACUGGGACAGCCGUGGGAGGUUCGGGGCUGCCACCUCUCCCAGGUCUGCGCUUUUUCUUAGAACAGCCAUGGCUCCAAAACGCAAGCUCCCAGUGCAGCGUGAGGGCUCUGAGAAGAAGAAAGGGCAGCUGGGGGCAGAGGAGGACAGCUUGCACUCCACUGUCAAGGCCCUCAGGGCCGCACCUGCAGAGAAGCGUGUAGUCCGAGUGGAUCCCCAGUGCCCACUCAGCCACAGCCCAGGGACCCAGGUGCACGAGGACUACGACUGCACCCUAAACCAGACCAACAUCGGAAGUAACAACAAUAAGUUCUACAUCAUCCAGCUGCUGCAAGACGGAGAGCGCUUCGUCUGCUGGAACCGCUGGGGCCGGGUGGGAGAGGUGGGCCAGUCAAAGCUCAGCUCCUUCGUGUUACUGGAGGAUGCAAAGAAGGACUUCGAGAAGAAAUUUCGGGACAAGACCAAGAACAGCUGGGCUGAGCGGGACCACUUUGUGGCCCACCCCGGCAAGUACACACUUAUUGAAGUGCAGGGAGAGGAUGAGACCCAGGAAGCCGUGGUGAAGGUGGAUGGAGGCCCACUGAGGACUGUGGCCCAGAGGGUGCGGCCCUGCUCCCUGGACGCAGCCACGCAGAUUCUCAUCACCAACAUCUUCAGCAAGGACAUGUUCAACAGUGCCAUGGCCCACAUGAACCUGGAUGUGAAGAAGAUGCCCCUCGGGAAGCUGAGCAAGCAGCAGAUCGCACGGGGCUUCGAGGCCCUGGAGGCCCUGGAGGCGGCCCUGAAAUCCACCCCACAUGCUGGCCUCAGCCUGGAGGAGCUGUCCUCCCACUUCUACACGGUCAUUCCCCACAACUUCGGCCGCAGCCGGCCCCCGCCCAUCAACUCCCCCGAGCUUCUGCAGGCCAAGAAGGACAUGCUGCUGGUGCUGGCGGACAUCGAGCUGGCCCAGACCCUGCAAGCAACCCCUGAGCAGGUGAAGAAGGCGGAAGAGAUUCUGCACCCACUGGACCGAGAUUACCAGCUCCUCAAGUGCCAGCUCCAGCGGCUGGGCCCAGAGGAGCCCGAGUACAAGGUGAUACAGACCUACUUAGAACAAACUGGAAACAAGUACCGGCAGCCUGCCCUCCAACACGUUUGGAAAGUGAACCGAGAUGGGGAGGGAGAACGGUUCCAGGUGCACUCCAAGCUAGGUAACCGGAGGCUGCUGUGGCAUGGCACCAACGUGGCCGUGGUGGCUGCCAUCCUCACCAGUGGGCUCCGCAUCAUGCCGCAUUCUGGUGGCCGUGUCGGCAAGGGCAUCUACUUCGCUUCUGAGAACAGCAAGUCAGCUGGCUAUGUUACUGGCAUGUCCUGCGGGAAGCACCACAUCGGCUACAUGUUCCUGGCGGAGGUGGCACUGGGCAGAGAGCACCACAUCACCAUCAACGAGCCCAGCUUGAAGCAGCCACCCCCUGGCUUCGACAGUGUGGUCGCCCGGGGCCACACAGAGCCCGACCCAACCCAGGACAUGGUGUUGGAGCUGGAUGGCCAGCAAGUGGCAGUGCCCCAGGGCCAGCCCAUGCCCUGCCCGGAAUUCAGCAGCUCCAGCUUCUCCCAGAGCGAGUAUCUCAUCUACCUGGAGAGUCAGUGCCGCCUGCGCUACCUGGUGCAGAUUCACCUGUGAACUUCCUGCCCACCCCCAGGGCUCUGCUGGACACUGGACUGUCAUCUUCAACCUUCCUGCCCCUCCCUGGCGCCCCCAUAUCACCUCUCCUUGCUCCCAAGUCUCCCUCCCAUGUCCCUUGCUGGCCCUCGCCUGGCUGUGGGCCCAGAGUCCCCUCCUAAAGCCGGGGUCUGAUGGACUGGAGUCAUUACUGGGACGUGCAUACUGCAGCCAGCAUGAGGCAGUGUGUUUGAGGGGCACAGGCUGACAGCAGGCAGGGUCCCACACCCAGCCCAGACUGCCCAUCCAAGCGGUGUGGUCACUGAGGUAGGAUGAACUUCAGGCAAGGUUAUUAAACAUUGUUUCACUCCC